UUAGCGGCCCUGGCUGCCGUGAGCAGCAUGCCAUCGCCAGGCUUCUACUCCGGACUUAGUCUGCACCCCGGAUUCUACCCCGGCCUGUACCCCAGCAUCGCGAGGAGCCUGCUGCUGAAGAAAGCCGCCCUCGGCCACUUCUCGCCCUACUCGUCGCCGUUCGCCCUGCUCGCCGAGCACUUCCACCCUCCCACGCUGACCAUCCACAAGAAGCACGCCGUGCCUGUGAUCAAGCCGUUCGCCGUCGCCGUCGACAAGCCGGUGCCCGUGCUGGUGAAGAAGAAGGUGCCCGUCUACGUCGACGCGCCCUACCCCGUGAAGGUGAUCAAGCCCUACAACGUGUACGUCGACAAGCCGGUGCCGGUGCCCGUCGACGCCCCGUACCACGUGCCCGUGACCAAGGACAUCCCCGUGCCCUACAUCAAGGACUACCCCGUGCCUGUGCACAGCGAACCCCUGGACAUCUCCCUGGCGCCCGAGGAAUUGUCUCUGAAGUGCGUGAUGCAAAGAAACAACAUGAAGACCUUCCUGGUUUGCCUUUUGGUGGGCUGUGCCCUGGCCGCCGACGUUGACGACAAGCGCGACAAGCGGGGUCUGUUCUCGUCGCUGUCCUACGGAAGCGACUACCCGUACUUCGGCUUCGACAAGCACCUGCCGCCGACCACGGUCGAGGUGACGAACCACGUGCCCUACCCCGUGCCCCACCCUGUGCCCUACACCGUGGAGAAGAAGGUUCCGUACGCCGUGGCCGCGCCCUACCCCGUCGAGGUGCCUCGCCCCUACCCUGUCCACGUGCCCGUGAAGGUGCCCGUCACCGUCGAGAAGCCCUACGCCGUGCCCGUCGAAAAGCCCUAUCCGGUGCACGUGCCCGUCAAGGUGCCGGUGCACGUGGCCAAGCCCUACGCCGUGCCCUACCCUGACCCCUACCCCGUCCCUGUCCCCAAGGCCGUGCCCUACGGAGUGCCCACCCCCUACUUCGUGCCCAAACCCUUCCUUGUCUCCAAGCCCUACGCCGCCGAUCCUUGGUGGUGAGCGACGAACUCCUAGAAAUGCCAACUGAACUCAAAGACUUAAAAUUUUUUGUGGAGCGCUGCCUUGAUUUUCGAUCGCAUUUAAUUUUGUAAUUUAUGUAAAAUAAAUGUGAACAGUUACAGUGAUAUAAUAUAUGUAUUUGUUACGGAAUUAA